AUUAACAAGACAGCCACCUUUUUGUCUCUCCCUCUCUUCUCCAUACAAAAUUGUGGGUUUCUCAGACUUGUCUCUUGCCACGGUUCCCGCAACGGGACCGUGACACCGUAUCAUCUCCGACUAGUUCGUCGCCUUCUCCUCUGGCCAAAAACAUUCCUCUGGUUUUAAUAUCUCUGCUUCUUGACAAUAAGGAGUAGACAGAGAGGUAUCAUGAACUCUCGAGGAAAUGUGGCUGACGAAACAAACGUUUCGAGUAGAGCGAUACGAAGGAAGGUGAAGAACACUUUGGACAUAGCUAUAACGAAAUAUAAGAUUGAUAGUUAUAACUUAGUUGACCUUGAUAAGGUAUUAAAUGAUGUCUACUGCUCUUUUCGACCGGUUUCUGCUGAUUACGAUAUUAGGAAGGAAUUGGUGAGAAGCCUUAAUGUUAUGGCUGUUGAUAUCUAUGGUGAUUCAGAAGAGAAGAGCCCUGUUCUUGAGGCGUAUGGGUCUUUUGUGAUGGAUAUGUAUACCUCUCAGAGUGAUUUGGAUGUUUCUAUUAACUUUGUUAACGGAACAUCUGAAGUUACUCGUGAAAAGAAGAUCCAGAUACUUGAAAGAUUUGCUGAAAAGCUCCGUUCUUUGGAGGGAGAAGGGCAUGUUAGGAAUGUUGAAUCUAUCGUCACUGCUAGGGUGCCAAUUGUCAAAUUCUUUGAUCAUGGGGCUGCUGUUGAAUGUGAUUUGUCAGUCGAAAAUAAAGACGGCAUUUUGAACUCGCAGAUCAUUCGCAUCAUAUCUCAACUUGAUGGCAGGUUUCAAAAACUUUGUAUGCUGGUUAAGCAUUGGGCCAAAGCACAUGACGUUAACAGUGCGCUACACAGAACCCUGAACUCUGUAUCUAUAACAAUGCUAGUCGCUCUUCAUUUACAGACUCAAUAUCCUCCCAUUUUACCUCCAUUCUCUAUGCUAUUUCAAGAUGGAAUGGAUCCUCCUAAUGUGGAGAAACGGACUCAAAAGUUCUUAAACUGGGGACAGCGUAAUCAGGAAUCUCUGGGUAGACUGUUUGCAACAUUCUUUAUAAAGUUACAAUCUGUAGAAUUCCUUUGGAGGCAAGGGCUCUGCGUCAGUGUGCUGAAUGGUCUUUGGAUAGCCAAAAAGUGGAAAAAAUUUGGCAUUGCGUCCAUCAGUGUUGAGGAUUUUACAAAUGUGUCUCAAAAUGUUUCAAGGCGGGUUAAUGGCGCAGGAGCCAAAAAGAUAUACCAAUUUGAGAUUUUGUUCAUCUUUGAUAGUGUUAGCUAA